GCUUUUUAGGAAUGGGGUAGAGGGAUGAGUAAUGUUUGGAUUAGUAGUGUUUAUAGUAUGCAUUUGUCUAGUUUUCUGUUGUAGCAACUAGGAUGUAAUUAGGAUUAGAUGGGAAAUGUAUGCGUAAAUGGUUUUCAAUCGAUAUAUCAAGCUUUAUGCUGGCCUCAGUCACGACCUCCUAGUAAGCUCCAACCGGCGUUGACAGACAAAAAUAUUAAAGAACCUCAGUCUGUUCAAAGUACGCCACCACAAAUGCCAGAGUUAGCAAAAGACGACGAAGACAAAGUGGAGGUAAAACAAGAAGUUAAGUUAAUGUCCAAACCAUCUAGAAAAGUUUCUCAAUUAGAACCCAAGCCAUCUAGAAAGGUUUCUAAAUUAGAUCCCAAGCCAUCUAGGAAGGUUUCAAUAAUAGACCCAAAACCAUCAAGAAAAGUUUCAUUAUUAGACCACAAGCCAUCCAGAAAGGUUUCAGUAGAGCCGAAGCCAUCCAAAAAGGUUUCGAUAAUAGAACCAAAAGUAGAGACUAAGCCAUCAAAAAAGGUUUCAAUAGUAAAGCAACAAAGUAAGCAUGCACAGUCUGUUAAAAAGCCAGAUGAGUUGAAAAGAAUGUUAAGUGCAGGACUUCAAGCUGAUCGAGUAUUGAACACAAAAACCGGGAAUCUGAAGGAUUACUAUAAGUUGGGUAAGAAACUAGGCAAUGGUCAAUUUGGAAUAACCUAUCUUUGUAUAGAGAAGGCAACUCGUAAAGAGUUUGCUUGCAAAAGUAUUGCAAAAAGGAAGUUGAUCUCAGAUGAUGAUGUAGUGGAUGUUAGGAGGGAAAUUGAAAUUUUGCAUCAUUUAUCCGGACAUCCAAAUGUAGUUUCGAUUAAAGGGGCUUAUGAGGAUGCUGUGUCUGUUUAUUUGGUGAUGGAACUUUGUGCUGGAGGUGAGUUGUUUGAUAGAAUCAUCGAUAAAGGUCAUUAUUCAGAACGAGAGGCAGCUGGUCUUGCUAAAACUAUUGUUAGUGUGAUUGAGGGUUGUCAUUCUCUUGGCGUGAUGCAUCGUGACCUCAAGCCAGAGAACUUUCUGUUUCUUGAUGAAGAUGAAGAUUCACUAAUGAAGAUCAUUGACUUUGGGUUAUCAAUUUUCUUUAAGCCUGGGCAAGUUCUUACGGAUGUGGUUGGAAGCCCUUAUUAUGUUGCACCAGAAGUGUUAAAUAAAAGUUAUGGUCCAGGAGCCGAUAUCUGGAGUGCUGGUGUGAUCAUUUACAUUCUUCUUUGCGGGGUGCCUCCAUUUUAUGCAGAAUCCGAAGAUGAUAUAUUUGAAGAGGUUUUGCAUGGUAAACUUGAUUUUAGUAUAGAUCCAUGGCCUAAAAUCUCUGACAGUGCUAAAGACUUGAUCAAAAAAAUGCUAGUUAGAGACCAGGAAAGACGGCUAACUGCUCAUGAAGUUCUUUGCCAUCCUUGGAUCAGCGUCGAUGGUGUUGCUCCAGACAAGCCUCUCGAUCCUGCAGUCUUGAUUCACUUAACUCGAUUUUCUGCCAUGAAUAAACUUAAGAAAAUGGCUCUUAGGGUUAUUGCAGCAAAACUUUCUGAAGAAGAGAUUGCUGGCUUAAAACAAAUGUUCAAAAUGAUAGAUACAGACAACAGUGGCUAUAUUACUUUUGAAGAACUCAAAGAUGGACUCAAAAGUUUUGGUGCUAAUCUUGAAGAAUCCGAAAUUUAUGAUCUAAUGCAGGCUGCGGAUAUUGACAAUAAUGGUAUCAUCGAAUAUGAAGAAUUUGUAGCUGCAACCUUGCAUUUGAACAAAGUUUAUAAGGAAGAUAGUCUAUAUGCUGCUUUUUCAUAUUUUGACAAAGAUGGCAGCGGUUAUAUCACCCUGAAUGAAAUCCAGCAAUCCUGCAACGAAUUAGGAAUAGAAGAUACACAAGUAGAAGAAAUUAUCAAAGAAGCUGAUCUUAACAAUGAUGGGCACAUCGAUUACAAUGAGUUUGUUGCAAUGAUGCAUAAAGGAAGUGCCACAAUUGGAAGGAGACAACAAAAGAAUACUCUUACAAUAACUGGCAAGAACGACCCAGCAGGGAGGUUUGCUUGAGUUGCUCAACAUCAAGGUUAUGAAGUUGAAUUAUUUUCCUUCUUGAAUUUGGUUCGGCAUUAUCCAACACAAUGGUGAAAAAAUGGCGCCUCAUAAGUCAUAUGGGCAAGCAGGUGGACGGAAUGGAUGAAGGGAAUUUCUACUCGGAAAACAUUUCCAGUUUGUUUGAUGCAAAACUUCUCAUUCUUCACAAAAGAUACAAGUAACUCAGUUUAGUACUCGACAAAUAUCAUCCGACUUAUUAGAUCAUUGCAAAAGUUUUGAGCUCAAAGAGUCCAAUAGUUAACAUAGCUUAAAUUUAAGAAUGUACAGUGUCUUGUAUAAGGAGGUUUUUUAUCCAAAUACAAAUAUCUUGUAUAAAAACAUGAAAUGAAAAGGUUACUU